AUGACCAAACAACAAGUCCUUUUCGUUGGUGAUUUGAAUCGAUCCCUUUCCGAGUUUAAGAAAUUUCAAUCGAAAUAUGAAUGUCUUGAAUAUACAUUGACAACAAAGGACCAAUUUAUUGCCGAUUUGAAAACAAAAUUCUCCCACAUUAGUGCCAUUUACGGGGCGUGGCUCGGAUUUGUUCCAAUCGGCGGAUUUAGGACAGUUAUUGACCAUGCACCGUCGAGUUUGAAAGUUUUGGCUUUUUGCUCGGUUGGAUAUGAUCAUCAAGAUGCGGAUGAACUUGCUAAAAGAGGAAUUGCCAUGACAAAUGUUCCUAGUGUUGGGGCUGCUGAACCAGUUUCUGACUUGGUUGUUUAUUUUACAAUCACUGGGUUCAGACAAUUGCAUAUGUAUACGAAGCAGCAGCUUUCAAAGAUACCCGACACCAUUGACAUUAGAUAUAAAUUGGCCAACGAAAGAUUCAAUCAACAAGGAGGUCAAUUAAACAUGUCCCUGGGGAAAGGUUAUGACUUUGGCGAAAAAAUCAACCAAAGGCCAAAUUUGAGCCCUCGUGGUCACAAUGCUGUGAUUGUUGGAUUUGGACAAAUUGGCCAAUUGAUAGGGAAAAAGUUGAAUCAAUUGGGAAUGAAUAUUACAUAUGUGAAGAGAUCAAAAUUGGGUAAAGAAGAGGAAGAGAAAUUGGGAUACGAGGCAACAUACGCGUCAACAAUUCUUAAUGCCACACAACAAAGAGACGUUGAUCUCAUUGUAAUUGCGUGUCCAGCGACACCGGAAACCCAUCAUUUGGUCAAUGCAGCAGUGAUUGAUUCCGUCUCCAAACCAUUCAGAAUCAUCAAUAUUGGAAGAGGUACAGUGGUUGAUGAGGAGGCUUUGUUGAACGGAUUGGAUCUGGGGAAAAUAUUGUUCGCUGGAUUGGAUGUUUUUGAAAAUGAACCUGCCAUUAACGAAAAAUUGAUCAAUCGUGAUGAUGUGGUUUUAACUCCUCACAUCGGAGCCAGCACUCUGGAGAAUUUUGACUACACAGCCACAAAAGCUCUUGAAAAUAUCGACAACAUCUUAGAAGGUGGGGCAGGCAUCAACAAAGUUAAUUAG